AUGAAGGCUUUAUCCCUCCUCUUCCUCCUCCUCCUCCUCCUCGCCUCGGGAGCCUGCGACGACGUCAAGUACAUCUCCAAGAGGAACUCAGUGGACGGAUGCUUGGACUGGUCAGUGGAUCUGAAGGAGUACCACGUCCUGGCCGAUGAGCCGGUUCGGGUGAAAUGUGCCUUGUUCUACAGCUACAUCCGAACCAACUACACCAUGGCAACCAACGCCAAGCUGCGCCUCAUCUGGUACAAGAACAAAGGAGAUGCUGAGGAGCCUAUCAUCUUCUCGGGUCACAGGCUGAGUAAAGAAGACGACUCCAUCUGGUUCAGAUCUGCUGAAAUGGAAGACAAUGGGUUCUACACCUGCGUACUAAGGAACUCGACAUACUGCAUGAAGGUGUCCAUGUCCAUGAUUGUGGAGGAGAGGGAUGAGGGGAGAUGCUUCAGCAGCAAAAUCCGACAUCUUGAGAAAGCUGAGAUCACCCAUAGCAAAAUGAUCACCUGUCCUGAGAUAGAAGACUAUUUGGCCCCCUACAAGCAACCCCAGAUGACCUGGUAUAAGGAGUGUGAGCGGGUUGAAUGGAGAAGCUCCAUCACUGUUAACACUACGCACAUCUGGAUUCCUGAGGUGGAAGAGGGUGACGGGGGAAAUUACACCUGUGAGUUGCAGUAUGGAUCCAGACUGGUGCGGCGGACAACACAACUCAAAGUUACAGCUCUCCAGACCACUCAGCCUCCCAAGGUCCUUUUCCCCCCGGAGAGACAAGACACCGUGAUAGAAAUCACGCCUGGUAUGCCUCUCAGUCUGGACUGCAAGGCGUUUUUUGGCUACAGUGGAGAAAACAGAAGGCCCAUUAUCUACUGGAUGAAAGGAGACAAGUUUGUUGAAGAACUGGCAGGACAUAUUAAAGAAAGUGAAGUCAGGAUUUUGAGGGAGCAUUUAGGGGAGAAGGAGAUAGAGCUGUCCUUAACGUUUGAUGCUGUGGACGAGGCAGACCUGGCCAACUACACCUGUUAUGUGGAGAACCACAUCGGGAAGCGCAGCGGGAGUGCUAUACUGCAAAAGAAAGAUAUGUAUCGUCUGGAGCUGGCUGGAGGUCUGGGGGUCAUAUUGUUGCUGCUGGGAGUCCUGACUGCACUUUACAAGUGCUACAACCUGGAGAUCAUGCUCUGCUACAGGAGACACUUUGGAAGUGAUGAAACUGAAGACGAUAAUAAGGAGUAUGAUGCCUAUCUGUCCUAUACUAAAGUGGACCUAGACUGUCUGGGCAGCAGGUCGAGCAGCGAUGAGGAGACGCUCGCUUUGGAGAUCCUGCCGGACGUCUUAGAGAAACAUUAUGGAUACAAGCUGUUUUUACCAGACAGAGAUUUAAUACCCAGCAGUACCUACAUUGAGGACUUGGCUCGUAGCGUGGAGCAGAGCAGACGUUUAAUCAUCGUUUUGACUCCGGAGUUCGUUGCCAAGAGAGGGUGGAGCAUCUUCCAGAUAGAGACGCGCCUCCACUCCAUGCUGGUUACCGGGGAGAUCAAGGUGAUCAUGAUAGAGUGUGCGGACCUGAAGAAUGUCAUCAACUACCAAGAGGUGGAAGCACUUAAACAUACAAUCAAGGUUCUAUCCAUCAUCAAGUGGAGGGGUCCUAAGAGCAACGAGCUGUCGUCUAAGUUUUGGAAACAGGUUGUCUACGAGAUGCCUGCCAAACGCAGAGAGACGUUGUCCAGACGCCAGGUGAUGGACUCCGGGGAACAGGGCCUCUUUGGUGACCUACAGACCACCGUCUCCACCAUUGCCAUGACAACCACUUCCGCCUCCUUGGCCCCUCCCAAUGAAAGUCGCCAUGGACAUCAUCAGGUUGCCUUAGCAGCAGAGAUCCCUGACUACAACCAGAUGACGUUGCCUCUGGGAGGCGGCCACACUGCCACAGCGGCCCAAAUGAGGCACUUCUGCCGCAGCUACGAGUUCCAGCUUCCCCCACAGCCUUCCUCCCUGUCGCCUCCCUUCCCACCACCCUCCACCGUGCAGUUCUCCACUCUGGGCCCUGGGGGGCGCCACGUCUAUUGCAACAUCCCCAUGACACUGCUGAAUGGACAGGGGUUCAGAGCAGAUCACUGGGGAACAAGAGGUGCCUCAGAGCAGUACGCUUGGGAAGAAGCCAGAACUCCACCUGAACAGCACCUUUGUACCGCUCACCAGCAGAGAACUAAGCUCUGA